UUGACAGUCUCCAGCCUCAUUCAAACUUGAAAAUUCUCACUAUCAACAACUAUGGUGGUCAAAGUUUUCCAGAUUGGGUAGGGCACGAUUCAUUCUUUAAUAUGGUAUCUCUUCAUCUAAUUAAGUGUAAGUUUUGUUGCAGCCUGCCAUCGCUUGGACAACUACCCUCUUUGCAGAACCUCUCUAUUGUUGAGUUUGAUGGAGUUGUUAGAGUGGGUCCUGAAUUUUAUGGUAGUGGUUCGUCUUCAAUUAGGCCAUUUAAAGCUUUGAAAGUUCUAAGGUUCGAGUUGAUGUUGAAGUGGGAGGAAUGGUUUACCUUGGGUGCUGAAAAUGAAGGUGAAGCUUUUCCUCUCCUCCAAGAGCUUUAUAUUCAUGAUUGUCCCAAGCUAACAAGAAGGUUGCCCAUCCAUCUUCCUUCUUUAGCCAAACUUGAGAUCACAGAAUGUCCACUAUUGGUGUCUUCACUCCCAAUGUUUCCUGCUAUAUGUCAAUUGAAUCUAACAUGUUGUAAUGGGGUUUUGUUAAAGGAAUUGCCAACUAGAAUACAGGUUCUCAAAGUUGGAGGAUUUGAUGCACUAGAUUCCCAAGUCAACACAAUGAUGGGGCCGCGUAAUACUUCUCUUCAAGAGUUAGAAGUUAGUGAUUGUUCUUCGUUUGUGUCCCUUUCCAAGGGUGAUCUAGCAUCUACAUUAAAAUCCCUUAUCAUUAGGAAUUGUGGGAUUUUAGAGCUCCCAAUGUACCCGAUCUUUUCAUCCCUUAAAAAAUUAUACUUAUUUGAUAUUGAUGGUUCUCUCAAGUCCGUCCCAUUAGACUUAUUUCCAAAGCUUUGUGACAUCUAUAUCUUUGGGUGUAGGAAUUUGGAAUCCUUGACAGUUUCUGAAGAACAUAGACUUGAUUUAAUGACAUUGCAAAUACAAAUCAUAAAUUGCCCUUGUUUUGUAUCUUUUCCAAAAGGCGGAUUGUGUGCCCCCAACCUUACAUUGCUUUGGGUUUGGAAUUGUGGAAGUUUGAGGUCAUUACCAGAUAAUAUGCACAUUUUCCUCUCAUCUCUUGAGGAUUUGCAAAUAGUUGACUGUGCAAAAGUUGAGUCGUUUCCUGAAGGGGGUUUGCCUUCUAAUCUAAAAUCAGUUUCCAUUGUUGAUUGUGACAACCUCGUUGCCAGACGAAUGGAAUGGGGUUUGCAAAAGCUCCCCUUUCUUAAAAGUUUGUUUAUUUGUGGCGAAAAGGGAGAUGCAAAGUCCUUUCCGGAGGUGGGAUUGCUGCCCACCAAUCUGACUUCUCUUCAAAUAAUGAAUUUUCCAAAUAUGAAAUUCCUGGAUAAGAAGGGGGUUCAACACCUCGCCUCUCUUAAAGAAUUGCGGAUCGAUAACUGUUGUAUGCUCAAGUACAUGCCAGAAGAGGGGUUGCCUGCCUCCGUUUCUGUUUUACUUAUCAACAAUUGUCCUUUUCUAAAGAAACAACUUCACAAGAAAAAAGGAAAAGAAUGGCUCAAGAUUGCUCAUGUCCACCUAAUAAUGAUUGAUGAUGAAUUGAUUGAAUGAGCUAAAUGUCUAGCAAGAAUCUCCACUCAGAAUUUAGAAGAUCUAAGAGCUAGCUCGAUUAUGACUACACAAAGCAACACGUCCGUUUCCAAAGUAUGAAUGGAUGAAAAAGGACAUGGCUUCCAUUUGAUUGAUCAAAAGCUCCUUGGUUAAUUUUCAUAGGGUGGAUCCAAACUGUUUUGUGAAAGUUCCUGUGCCUGACGAACGGCUCUCGAAGUGACAAGUGGUUCUGAUUUAAGAAAGCGCCACGCUCAAGAUUUUCAAUUUAUUAUGAUCAUAGCAGAUAUUGAAGUGGCCUUCCUACCGUGGCCUCAGAUGUCAAAUUUUUGUUGUACCAACAAAUAUAAUUUAUUUAGCAGGAAGUUUAAUCAAUACAAAGGAUGUCGGCUAGGGAGGAACUUAGUAGGAGGUGGUUUGAAUAAAAUAGGAUGAGAAAUGAUUCAUCUCUUCUCUUGGUCUUUCUCUCAUCCUUUCAAUUUUCAAAAUUAUCAUUAAAUAUGUGGGCUCGUGUAGGUUUCACACAAGAAUCCAACAGAUUCAUUGGUAAUUUUAAAAAUUAACGAGAAGAGAGAAAGACCGAAGGAUAAUCCAUGGGCUUUCAAGUCCAAAAGCAUAAAUGCAUUUGUAGUAUGGAGCUUUGAAUACAACAAACAGUGAGCAAUGAGUUGGGAUAUAGACACUUUUGGGCUCAAGUUGGUGCAACAGAACGUGUGGGCCUAGCAUCUUCUCUUGUGUCCUUUCAUACAGCUGCAACCCAUGAAUUCACAAGCUUUUCUUUGUUUGCAUUUGGACAAGUAUUGAUUGGUAGGGGACCCUCCACAUCCACAACACUCCCAUGCGUCCCUUACAAUACCACGUCUUGAAGUCGACAAAUGGCUGGACUUGGGUUUUGAGCUAUUUGUUGAAAUAAAUUUUAGAUUGUUUUAAGUUUCAUAUAAAUUUUCUCAUAAUUGCUAUCAUUUUCUCAUUCAUAUAUAUAUAUAUGACAUAUGAUAUGAUAUGAUAUAUGUUGUGGAUUUCGGUGAUGUUGCAUGCAAUCUCAUUAAGUCAACAGCUGGAGUACUACAAGGAGUAUCAGCCGUAGGGUGGUGGAAAUUGCAGGGAGAUCAAAUGCUUCAACAAUAAUAUCUGGUGCAAUCUACUUUCUUAGUGCUGGGAACAGUGACUUUCUUCAGAACUAUUACGUUUAUCCUCUUCUUCAAGUCGCUUAUUCUUUUGAUCGCUUCUCCGGCAUUCUCAUGCAAUCCUAUUCAAUUUUCAUUCAGGUCUCUCCUCUCCUCACAGUUCUUCUCAAACAUAGAUUAUAUAUCUUUUACCCUUUUGUUUGUUUGUUUGUUUUUUUUUUUUUGGAAAUAAAAACAUUAACAAAUAUUUAAAACUACUUUUAUCUUCAUCUUAAUGUUGUAAGAAUUAAGAAAAAAUAAACAAAAUUCCUAUGCAUUCAUUCAUAAAGAAACAUCUGUGACAUGGCCUAUAUGCAUUGGGAGGGAGGAGAACUGGAGUGACAACACUACCCCCAAUGGGAUGCCUGCCAGACGUAUAAUAUAUGGGUUGGGUAGGAACUAGUGUGUGGAAAUAUUACCAGACUGAUGCGCCCAGUUGACAUAUUGAGUUGGCUUUGUCACAAACCUCAAACCUCAAGUCCAAGCUUUGUUAUGCCAUUUAUAAAUGCUAAGAAAAUAGAAUGUAUAGCAUAGAAACAAUUGUAAAGCAAGACAGUAAUUUCUGUACUUAAAGAAGUAGGAGCAGCAAUAUGCCAUUACUCGAGAGGAUUGCGCAACAGGUGUUUGAUUAAAUGUUCCCUCACUGUGUAAUCAGGAGGUGUUUCUGUUUGUAUGUAUAGAAAACGUCUGUAUAGCUUGUAGCUAAUCUGAUAAACAAAAAGAUGUUGAAACUCAAUACAAUGCAAUGUUAUCUCU